CAGUCAAACUUUGAAAAUUUUACCAUUCCCGGUUUGUUAUUUUUAAUAAAUUCCCGCUAGUGUUCAUCUAUUGUGACGAUUUUGUGUAUCUUUUCAUCGAGUUUAAGAAUCGCGUUUGAGAAUCGCUUAAACUCUAACUAAUUAUCGUUAAAAAAAUGUGUAGCUUAGAGAAGAAUGGAAACAUAUUCAUCUUAACCCUAACCGGCGACGGCGAGCACCGUCUCAAUCCGACACUCCUCAACUCCAUCAAAUCCGCCCUCCACCGCGUCCGUCAACAAGCCACCACUUCCUCCGCCCUCAUCACAACCGCGCAUGGCAAAUUCUUCUCCAACGGCUACGACAUCGACUGGGCCCAAUCCUUCCCCGAUCGCCUAAUCCUUAUCGACGAUCUCCUCCGCUCCGUCGUCUCCGAUCUCCUCUCUCUCCCCAUGCCAACCAUUUCCGCCGUCACCGGUCACGCUUCGGCAGCAGGCUACAUCCUCGCACUCGCUCAUGACUACGUCUUGAUGCGAUCGGAUAGAGGUUUUCUCUACAUGAGCGAGAUUGAUAUCAACCGUGUCAUUCCGGCGUGGUUUGUGGCUGUUGUUGAGGGUAAGGUUGGUGACGCGGCAGCUCGGCGGAGGAUUGUGAUGCAGGCGGGGAAGGUUACGGCUAAGGAGGCGGUGAGGUUGGGGAUUAUCGACUCGGCGCAUGAUAGUGCGGAGGAGACGGUUAAGGCUGCGGUUGGUUUGGGCGGUGAUUUGGUGAAACGUGGAUGGGAUGGACACGUGUAUGCGGAGAAUCGGAAGAGGUUUUUGAGUCGUGCGAUUCGGGCAGUUGAAGAUACAAGUGAGAGAAAUAUUGAAUCUAAACUUUAGAAAUUUGGAGUUUGUAAUUGUGUUAGAAAUUGAAUAAGAAUCUGUUGGUUUUGAAAAGGUAUGUGUACUGCUACAGUUAUAGUGAAAAUAAAGGAAAUUUUUUGUGAAA